CGGACCACGUGCAGUCCCUGUGAUGGGCCUUGGAGUGAGAUUUCUGUUCGGUAGUCUUGGUGGCCGAGGUGUUCUUCCUGCCUAUGGUAAAGUGUGUCUCCAGCUGUGCCGCCGUGCAAAACUAGGGCAUUCUUCUUCUGGCCUGCGUCAUGCCAUUUGUUGCCGGCGCCUACUCAGAGUAGUUACGUUUCAUUUCCUUGUCCGAGAUCGCCAUCCCACCGCGACCUUCAGUCCUCUGGUUGCAUACAGUCUGUGGGCCAUGGCCCACAAGUUGGUGGGUUUUCGGGUGUCCUGCAAUGGGUAAACCCGGGCUGUUACUAUGACGAGGGGCAGCACCAUCGUCCGUGAUAACUGUGAUGUUUGUAUCUUAUAGGAAAAUGCCUUCUCAUUGAGGAAUGUGCGGAUUUCACGGCGGAGUCGCUCGGAGGCCUGCAUCUGUAGAACGCAUCGUUGGGGCAGCCAAGAGGGGCCUUUCCGCCUGCCUAACGCGAUGAUCCGUGAUUAAUCUCAGAAUUCAGAGCAUCGGUGCGGCAAAGAGCGAUCUGCAGCACGAUCCACACGCCGGGACCUCUUCUUGUGGAAAUAGAUCUGCGGCCGUUGUCAAAUAUAUCAUUCUCCGCUGCCCUUCAACGUCCUUCAACAACGGAGACUGUCCUUCCCCGUUCAUACAAUCUUACCGUCCCCUCCCUCUUUAUACACCAUGCCUCACGUUUCCAACGGCGUUUCUGUAUCCGAAGCCAGGGCUCAGGAUGCUUCUCUGCCUGCCGAUGCCGAGGGGAACAUUGUUGAGGUGCCCUCCACCCGCAGCGCUAUCAGCGAUGUGCAGAUGCAGGCGCUCAGUCUGUCGCCGUCCAUGAAGGACCGCCGGGCCUCGCGCAACUCGUUUGGCGUCUCCCUUCCAAUCCCCAGAUCUUCACGACCCUCACGACUUUCCUCUGUUACAACUGCCAGGGACCACGUGCGGGACAUUGUGGCUUCCGAAGUGCAAGACAAGGCAGCGGAGAAAGUUAAGGCUGUCAAGAACAUGGCGUUUUGCUUUGACAUUGACGGUGUGCUGGCACACGGAAAUAUCGGUCUUCAGGAGGCUAAGGAGGCUCUCAGGAUCUUAAAUGGUGAUAAUGAGCUAGGCAUCCAAUUCCCCUAUAUCCUCCUCACCAACGGUGGCGGCAAGACCGAAGAAGCUCGCUGCGCACAGCUCUCGGAUGUUCUGGGUCACCCUAUCUCGACCAACCAGUUCAUCCAGUCGCACACACCCAUGCAGGCCUUGGCGGAGUAUUACGAGAACGUCCUGGUCUGCGGUGGUGAGGGCUUUAACAUUCGCAAGGUUGCAGAGAGCUAUGGCUUCAAGAAUGUAGUACACCCCAAGGACAUUCUGGCAUGGGACCCGACAAUCUCGCUCUGCCGCAACUUCACCGAGGAAGAACGAGCACAGGCCAAGCCACGCGACUUCUCAGAGUUCAAGUUCGACGCCAUUCUGGUGCUUGCCGAGUCGUACGACAUGUCGACCGACUUCCAGAUCAUUCUGGACCUGCUGCUGAGUGCAAACGGCAAGCUCAUGUCCUGGGCCAAGGACCCUGCCAGUAAAAAUGCCAUCGCUCGCCAUAUCCCAAUCUACUUCUCGCAAGGCGAUCUGCUCUCCCCAACAGAGCACAAGGGCGCGCCACGCCUUCACCUAGGUGCUUUCCGCGUUGCCCUGGAAGCGCAGUACAAAGCCCUCACCGGGCUUGACCUCGACCGUCUCGUCUAUGGUAAGCCCGAGCGUGCUACCUACAUCUGCGCCGAUGAGGUGUUCAAGAACUGGAUGGAGGAGAUCCACAAUGAGAGGCGUCUGCCAGAGAACAUCUACAUGAUCGGUGAUAACCCUCAGUCCGAUAUCAUCGGCGGUAACCUCUAUGGCUGGAACACAUGCCUGGUCCGCACAGGAGUUUUCCGCGGCGAAGGCAACGACGCCAACAACCCAGCCAACUUUGGUGUGUUUGACCACGUCCUCGAUGCCGUCAAGGCUGCCAUCCGCAAGGAACUGGGCGAGGACUUCAAGUUCAAAUGGGACCCCCAAAACCUCGCUCCUAACGGUGGCGGCUCAGCUGUCGAAUGAAGCUGAGUUUAACGCGUCCUUCUGCCUGAUUUCUUGCCAUGUUGAAUGUCGCAUUGUUCCAUUUAGAUGCCACGAUUUUCUAUUUUGUUUGCAUGUUUUAUUGGUGACCGCUUAGCAGCUCAGAACACCACCAUGCUUGAUUUUUUUUUUUUUUUGUUUUCUUUCAUUUAUUGGGGACUAACUAUGUUUUUGGUAACAUGCCCAUUUUGAUAGAGGCUAGAUUUUGUCACUUUGACAUUGAUAGAAUUUACGGAUACCCUUUAUACAUGAGCAUAGAUGUUGCUCACGUUAUUCUAUCCCAAUGCAAGUUUGUGCAGAUCUAUAUCAUGUCCUUGCUAAGACACUCCCGUGCUAAGGCAAGUGGUCGAUGCUUAUUAUAUAACUGCCGCCGUGGCACGACUUGGUUAAUCGGUCAAUAUCUGCUUAUCAGAGCAUUUGGCGAUGAUGCGACACGCGUAAUCUAACCAGCCGGACGGCUGUUCCUUGAAAGCUAGUUGCUUGAUUUUGAUAGCUAC